AUGACCGCAUCAAAAGAUUGGAGAGACCAAAACCGCCAUAUCCAGAUCCUGCGCAACGCAGAGAAAGGUCGAUAUGGAGUCAUCGCAGCAAUCGCCUACAACCUCGAGCAGAUUUACGGUCUCGUUGCUGCCGCGGAGCAAGCUCAAUCACCUCUCAUCAUUCAGUUCUUCCCGUGGGCAGUGACCUAUGCCGACGGCCUGCUCGUCCGAACUGCCAAAGAGGCCGUUUCCCGAGCCAAAGUUCCUAUCUCCAUCCACUUAGACCAUGCGCAGAAUGAGGAUAUCAUCAAGCAUGCAGCCGACAACCUCCCCUUCGACAGCAUCAUGGUCGACAUGUCGCAUUAUGAGAAGGAAGAAAACUUGGAGAAAACGGCACGAUGGGUGAAGUACUGCCAUGAGCGUGGCAUCGCCACCGAAGCUGAACCGGGGAGGAUCGAAGGCGCGGAAGACGGCGUGAUGGAUACGGCUGGGCUGGAAGCGAGCAAGACCACGCCCGAGGAGGUUGACGAGUUUAUCGCUACCGGUGUUGAUGCACUAGCACCUGCUUUCGGAAACGUUCAUGGGGAAUAUGGACGGCAAGGACCUCAGCUAGACUUUGACAGGUUUGAGAAGAUUCGGAACCAAAUCGGCGGCAGAGUACGAGUUGCCCUUCAUGGCACGAAUGGGUUCCCUCCAGAUCUCAUGAAGCAGUGCAUUGCCGCCGGAGCCACCAAAAUCAACGUCAACAAGUUGGUCUUGGACGAGUACUACGUGCAUCUCAAGACCCAGGUUGCAGAGAUACCGCACACGACCUUGAUUGAAGAGGGCACAUAUCAUGUCACCCGGCAGACGAAAGAGUGGAUGGAAAUCUGCGGAUCAGCAGGUCAAGCCUGA